AAGGAUUGACAAUGAUGUUGGCCAUCUAAAAAAUGUUAUUGCACUGGCAGAUUGGCCUGAACUGUUAUUCAUUAGAAAAGCAUUAACAUAUUUAUUCAAAAAUCAUCCAUCUAUCCCUAAAGAAAUUGGUAGUUUUUUUCCUAUUAUUGGGCCACUUCAUAUGUCAUUAAACAGUCAAAACAAGUGA